CGCGGCAGUACUGGCGACUCUUCUACUGAAAGUAGUUAAGAUGAAACGGGAGAGAGGAUGCGGUCGGUAAGAACACAUAUAACAGCCAGUUGGAUGCAAAAGUUGAGAGUCCUCACCAGUCAUUCAAAAUAUCCACUCUUUCUUGCUUUGGAGGGUUUUAACAGGUAAAAAGAAAGACUUAGGACUAUUCUUGUUCGAAGGCUGACAUGCACACUUGGAAGUCAGAGGUCCAGAUGCAGAAAUCUGCAGCUCUCUUUGGGAUGGUCAGCCAUCAGACAGAUUUCACCGAGCUGACGUUCUCCAUGUUUAGCAGCAAAGCAGACAUCUGCCCGAAACGCGUCUCUGCUGACGGCUGCGGAUCGAAUCCCGCCUCGAUACAGAUGCGCUGCGGAGCUGAGGAUUUCAAACUGCACACGAAUCACACCUCCAAACUUCAGUGUUUCAGCAUGUCACCUGGAGAUGUGAAUGGAGGAUUUAUCUCAUUUGGUUCAGAGAAGGAGAGCACUGCUGAGUUAACAGGAGAUGAUGGAACAUCACUUCGCUGCGGACAGAACCUACCAGUUCAGUCUAGAGCCCAGUAUCAUCACAGCACCCACUGUGGACAGCACACACAGAAUCUUCACCUGCAGGAAAGCCCCCACCGAGAUGCUAGGUCUGCUGGCUUUCAGACGGAUCUCAGCUCAUCCUCUCUACCCAGUGGAAUCAGCUUGAAUGGGUGUCAUGCAUUGCACUCAUACCUCAUCAAACAGGAAGGCUCCAUAGGACACAAACUGGGAUCGGGGCAAAGCGACUUUUCAGAAGGGCAAGGAGGGAUGGGUGCAGGUCGUAGGGAAUUGGACCGUCCGAGCAGUGGUGGUGGUGGCGGCGGCCGUAGCUUAGCAACCGCUCUGUCAUUGUCAGCAAUGGCGGUGACUGUGUAUCCUUUUAAUAAUGAAGAUGGCUCCUCCCCGAUGGCUUUGUCCCCAAGCUCACGUCAUUCACCACGGCUGAGCGUUAGUGGGCUGAAGAGACGCUGUCUCUCCGUGGACUCCCAGUCAGCUGCCAUUGCAGCCACAGAGGGAAUCGAUAUUGCUGCCAACAUCUGCUCCUCCCAUAUGUCUAUGGUGGCCUGUGUUAAUGGGCUCCGCACCAAUUCAUCCUCCCCUUCCACCACAUUCUCUGGGACACCCAGCCACAAGCCGCUCCCCACACCCAGCCCACAGGACAACUGCCAGCUGCCAUCACCUUCUACCUGCCUCCUGCCCCUCUCCUCUUCAUCCUCCUCCUCUUCAGUGUCAUCAGUGGAGCAGUGUGAGGACAUAGGCUCCAUGCAGCCUGGACCUGGCAUGGGCAGUAGUGACGGAUUUGGACUUCUCAUACAGCCCGGUACUCUUCUGGAAGGCUGUCAGCAUGGAAAUGCCGUCGGUACAACGACGAUGAAACAGGAACCUGUGGAUGACUUCUCUCCAAGUGAGGAGGAGCUCUUUCAGCAUCACUAUCACCAUCUGGUGAGCCGUGGAAACCACCAGCUCCACAGUGGGCAUUCCCAACACCACCAUCAGACUGGCCCCCCACGGCCACCCAUGCCCCCUCCCUACCACCUGCACCAGUACAUGGGCUCCGGCCCAGGAACUCUGCUACAUCUUCAGAGCCAGCAGUCUUCACCCUCAGGUCUGCUGACACAACACAAACCCACAGGCCUGGUAGAACAGCAGGUGGGUGACAGAGAUGAUGCCAGUGGAGUAUUUAGCGAUAAGCAGAUAUGCCGCUGGAUUGACUGCAGCGCAGCUUAUGAACAGCAGGAGGAGCUGGUUAGGCAUAUCGAGAAGGUCCAUAUUGACCAACGAAAGGGCGAGGACUUCACCUGCUUUUGGGCCGGAUGCGUCCGACGCUACAAACCCUUCAAUGCACGCUACAAGUUGCUUAUCCACAUGAGGGUUCACUCUGGAGAGAAGCCGAACAAAUGUAUGUUCGAAGGUUGUAACAAAGCUUUCUCACGACUGGAGAAUCUGAAGAUUCACUUGCGUAGUCACACAGGAGAGAAGCCUUACCUGUGCCAGCACCCAGGCUGUCAGAAAGCAUUCAGCAACUCCAGCGACAGAGCAAAGCAUCAGCGCACACACCUGGACACUAAACCAUAUGCGUGUCAAAUCCCAGGCUGCACUAAACGCUACACAGAUCCAAGUUCCCUUCGCAAACACGUGAAGAUCCACUCUGUCAAAGACCAGCAGGUGCGUAGGAAGCUGAGGGUGUGCCCGCAUUUAGAGCCGGAUGCUCUAAGCGAAUGUUUAUCGGUCCAGCAUCUGCAUGGCCCCGCCCCUUCCCAACACUCUCUGAAUGGUAAAGAAGGACACUCUCCAGUGCUUGGCCAGGAGAUGUUCACAGGCCUUUAUGCUGGCUCCAGCAUGACACACAAUGUAGCCCCACUUGAGUUGCUCUCUCCGGGACCUGACCUGCCCCCCAGGCAGCCCCGCCUGGACCGUGACAUCGGCAGCCCCCAUCAUCUCUCCCCGCUAUCUGGCCUGGAGAACAGCCGGGAAGGGUUAUUUGGAGUUUUGCUGUCUCCAGGGAUCAGUCUGUUGAAGGCGGCUACAUCUCCUCCACCGACACAAGAAAAGCCUCAGAACCCUUCUUCUAACCAGCAACACAUCCUCACUCACCAUAAGCCUUACACAACCUUCCACAACUUGCCCACAAGUGAGGAUUACCGUGGCAACUUCCAGAGUUGUUUCCAUUUUAGCGACAGCUACAGAAUGGAACAGUCCAUCAGCGGCAGUCAUUUACCGCCAGAGUCCCACAACUUCAACACAAACCCACACAAUGGCUUCCACAUGAGCUGUUCAACCAGCACCCCUCCUACAGGCUUCAGUUUGGUGCCGGAAAUCAUAGGGUCAGGUUGCCAGUUCUCGCCGGGCACAGAGGAAAGUGUUUUCUUUCAGGUGGGCAGCUUCGACCGCGGCCUGAGCCAAACGUCGUCGGUCUACACUGAGACGUAGAACCAGGUUACCCUGUCAGCCAUCAACAUAAUACUCUUCUUUCAGACGAAACACUAUUUUUCAUUCUUUUCACUCCUCCAUGCAGUUACAACCUCUCUGAGUUUUCAUUGUUCUCAGAAUUCUUUUUUUUUUAUAUAUAUUAUUAUUAUUAAUAUUCCUUGAAGUUCUUUUCCUUAAAGGAAGAGUUUACCCCCAAAAAUGAAAAUUCUGUCAUCAUUUACUCACUCUCAAGUGUUCCAAACCCGUAUGACUUUCUUCCAUGGAACACAAAAGGAGAUAUUUUUCAAAAUCAGGCACACUCAUGGCAAGUUGCUUUUUCAUUCUUUGCUCAGAGCCAAAAAGUUCUAAACCAAUGAGCAACAACAUACUGUUUGUGAACAUUCAGACACCGGCCACGCUGCUGGGUGAGGCGUUUAGAGGAACAUAUAAAUAUGUGGACAUCAACUAAUAUGACAUUAAAAUGUGUUAUUAAUGACUUCACGCUUCAAUCUAUGAGAAGAAUUCAAACAAGAUUGGUCAAAUAUUUUUUAACUACUCAAUGAUGACUUAAAGUAGUAUAUAUGCAGUAGGCAAUUUGUAAUGUUUAGCUUUUGCAAAUUCGAAUAUGCAAUGUAUUCAUUCUCUGUCAGGCUAAAAAGAUAGUAAUUGUGGAGAGAGAGUCUAAAUAAAAGUUUCAGUGUUUACUGGUACAUUGUCAAAAACCAAUUUUUUUAAAUAUCCAUCUCUAUCCGUGACUGCCUCUACCCUCUGUGGUACAUGCCUUCCAAACGGGCCUUGUGCAGCCUUAAACGCUCCGUCUGAGCUUUCCCUAGUGUGUAAGCGAUCUAAGGUGUUUAGCAGCCAGUACGAAGUUUUCCUGUAAGUUCCCGCUGGCUGAUUUUUUUACGGAUCACUGAAACCAACUCAAAACACCUUCAUUUUGGCCAGAUUUUGUUCUACAUUUACAUUUACAUUUAUUCAUUUGGCAGAUGCUUUUUAUCCAAAGCGACUUACAAAAGAGGAAAACAUAAGCGAAUCAUCUUUAGGAGACAGUGGUACGAAAAGUGCCCCAUUACAAAGUUUCACUAUCAUCAGAAUAGUAUACAAAACAGAUUUAAGU